GCAACAUCUAACCUUGGAGGGGGUAAAAAUUAAUGGGGGAAAAAAAGAAGAGAAAAAACUAAUAUCAUCAUCCCUCCCAAACCCUCUCAAGAUGGACUUCGCAUUUGCCCUUGGAUCUAACGGCUCAGGCCAACUGGGCAUAGGUCACAAAGAAGACAUCUCAGUCCCCAAGCCCGCCCUCUUCUCCUCUGCAGCAGGCGAACUUUCCGCCAACCCAACAUCGCCAGUCGUCCAGGUCGCGGCCGGCGGAAACCACACUCUGCUCUUGACCCAGGACGGCGAAAUCUACAGCUCCGGCGAUCCAGCCUCUGGAGCAUGCGGUCUCAAGUCAGCAACAGCAGAUUCAGCCGGGGCAGGCCAACCACGACCGCCCGUCUUCCACAAGAUCCACGUCCCCGCCGAGCAGGCAGCCCAGAGUCCGGGCCGCCUGAUCGCCGCCACUUGGGAAGCGUCCAUCAUCACGGGGCCCGACGAGCAGGGCCGGAGGAACAGGCGCGUGUACAGCUUCGGGUGCGGCAGCAAGGGCGAGCUGGGGCAGGGCCCGCUCAUCAUCCGCGUCCCGUUCGCCCAGCCGAUUGCAAACUUCCCACCGCCAGAGACCGAGGUCGUCGGACUGUCUGCGUGUAUGGGCCACGUCGUUGCCGUGCUGAGCAACGGGGACGUCUACGGCUGGGGUAAUGGGCGAAAGGGGCAGCUGGGUGCGCCGGAAGGCAUCAUCACCGAGCCUCGCAAGAUUGAGGGUGUUCCUUUCAAGGUAGCCAAGGCUGCUUGCGGCAAAGAAUUCACCUGCCUUGUGGGGGAGCCCGGCAGUGGAGAUAUCUUGGUGAUGGGCCUGGACAAAUGGAGCGUGCAAUCUUCUGCACCGAAUUCCGUGCCGGGCUGGCGAGACUUGCAGGCUAGCUGGGGUAACAUCUACGUCUUGCAGGCCGAUGGAAGCAUACUCAGCUGGGGUAGGAAUGACCACGGUCAACUCGCGCCAUCAGAGCUGCCCAAGAUGUCGCAGAUCGCGGUUGGCAGUGAGCAUGUCGUCGCCAUAGACGAGGCACGUCAGAGUGUUGCUGCCUGGGGCUGGGGAGAGCAUGGAAACUGCGGUCCUCAAGUUCAAGAUGAUAAUUCACAAGGGAAUACUGGGUGGAAUGUCAUCGCCUCCGCCAAACACAUUCCCCCAGGCUCCUCUAUUACAGCUAUUGGUUCUGGAUGUGCCACCAGUUGGAUUAUGAUUGGAAAGCCUUCUAGUUGAACCGGGUUCCUGAAAGCAUCCAUAAACAUUAGGGCGGCAGAUCUGACUUGUUGGAUAACAACAGCAGUUCAACAUGUCAAGGCCUAUCCCCCUCUGACCAGUACGGAACCUCUAUGAAUACGGACCAGGAGUCACAAUAUAUCCUCAGGAGAAAAGACCGAACCGCCGUACAUCCGAGAGCAGCUGCGUUGGCUCAAUCUCAGAUGGAAGACCAGUGUCGUAGGAGUCUUCUCGGCGAGGCUCAGAGGGAGCAGUUAGGUUAGGACGGUCACUGAUCCGUAGGGUAGGCGGGUUCUGUAAAGGCAACGACUUCGUUAGCUAUAUCCCGGUAACGUUUUCUUGGCGUUGUGCCGCGUCGAUUACUUACAGGAGCGUUGCUAGCGUCCCAACCCAGGGCACCGUUUUCUUCUUCGUUUUCAUCCUCCUCAUUGACAGGCUCCCACAUUGGAUCAUCGUCUUGGGCAACAAACAUAGACUCGGAUCGCAUGGUUGACAUGGGAGGCGGUACCGGUGGCGGUCGCAUCUCAAACUGUGAUGGUCGAGCUGGGGGUGGAGGCAUAAUGACUUUGGGCUCCCGAGCUUGCGAGGGUACCUGCGCUUGCUGCGUAGGUGCUCUCGAGUUUGAAGCGGCCCGGCUAGAUGUCGCGUCGAGACCAGGCUUGGGUGUUUUUGUGACCCGGCCCUUACGAGUCUUAGGGCCGGCCGGGCUUCUCUCUCCAACCGUCAUGAGAAUAAACUCGCAGAGUAUGCCGUCCGUGCUGUAAUAGAGUUUCAUAGGACGGCCCGGGUUAGAAUAUCUGGCGGAAAGAUCCCCCGCUGUGGUGGUGGCAUGUUGAAGAAUAGCCCUGAAGUCCUUUACUGGGAUGAUGGUGUGCAGUUUGUCCUCAACCUCGAUUUCGUCAAACUCAUCCAUCUCAACCGCAAUAGAUGUGUGCAACGGCUUUUUCAGAAUAGCUGUGCGUGGAGGUAUGACAUGUCAGACUUGAUAUCAGAGUUUCGGGAGCGGCAGACAGGGCAGUACACACUGGCAUCAUUGGACAGUUUGUAAUCCUUCUCAGUGUAGCAUGCAAAGUUGACAACACCUUCACCCUCUGUAUGGAUGUCAAGCAAAUCGAU